AUGGAAAAUUAAUAUGAAGUUAACCUUUAAUCGAUUCUGAAGGAUGUUUCAAAAAAAGGCUGGUUGAUCAAUUUAUACAUGCUAGUUUUUUAAUAUUUUUCUACAAUUUACUUGACAUUACUCAACCCUUAUUCUAGUGCAUACAUUUAAAUGAUAAAAAUAUUAUGGAUUCCAUUACAAAUAAUUUACAUAAUGGUUGUUUGGUCAUUGUUUAAAUGUUUUGUUAGUGACCCUGGAAGAGUAUAUUUAUAUAAAAUUCAGGUUCCAAAGCAUUGGUAAAUGUUUUUCGGUUAAUAAGGAAGAAAUAGAUAUUGUUUAUUAUGCCAUAAUUAUAAACCUGAUCGAUGCAAUCAUUGUUUUGAGUAAAAAACUAUUUUAUAAUAUAAGAUGUAAGAGAUGUGUAUUAAAUAUGGAUCAUCAUUCAUUUUGGAUUAAAAAUUGUGUAGGAUAUUAUAAUUCCAAAUUUUAUUUACUGUUUUGGUUCUACAUAAAUUUAUCUGCAACAUUUAGCCUAAUAGUCGUAAGUUUAUAAAUAUACCCUAAAAUAAUGAAUCUAUUUUAUAGAGAUGAUAAAUAAGAAAUUCAGAAUUAAUCUAAUCUACCUACUCUCUUAUUGUAAUAAAUUUACAUAACAUAGAUUAUUAUAUUUAUUUGUAAUUGCUGUAUUAACCUUAAAAAGUUUAAUUGUUCGCAUAAAAUUAGCAAUAACUAAUCAAACUAUAAUUAGCCAAUUAGAUUAAAGAGGUCAAUAAGAUGGUUAGAGAUUUUAGUAUGAUAUUAGGUAUAAAUUUAAUUAAUCUUUUAUUGUUAAAGAAAAUUGGUUUUAAGUAAUGGGUACAAAUCCUUGGUUAUGGCCAUUUCCUAUAUAUGGAUAAAGUGGAAGACCAAAAGGGGAUGGAAUUAAUUGGUAGCGUAAUCAAAAUUGA